AUGAACAACUUGAUCGCAUUCACAGGUGAGGAGGCUGAGGUCAUCUUACAUCAUGUCUAUAGCAUGUUCGAGGACCAGAUUAUGGAUCCCGUCGCGCUCGGUGGCGUCCCUGGCUACAUCACUGCAAGCUCUGUGCAAUCUCUACAAGCUAGCUUUGACUAUAAUCCUUUCAUUUGCGGCUUUCUUGCCGAAAUGAAGACUGAUUCCAAGUUGAUGACUACACCUUACGAGCUUGACGAAGACCUUAGCGCACUCCUCUCCAAGUUGCUCUUCCGAUACGCGCAGUGGAACUACGGCGACGAACUUUCUCGUUACGGCGUCGACCUUGACAAUGAAGAGGCUGUGUUAGGUGUAGCUUUAGAGAACUACAAGCCCAUUAAUGAAAUCAAGGAAAACUGGGAACUGAUCCUCAAGAAGUGGGUUGAGUUGCUGGCAUGGAGGCAUUUGGAGCGUCUGGCGUCACCUGAGGAUGGUGCUGCAGAACGUCAGAAUAUGCAUUCUUAA